AGAUAUACUGAGCGAGCGCGGAGAAGCAGUCUCAGAUCCUGACGGUGCAGCAGCCCGCAGCCUCAGCCAGGGAGUCCCAGCCGCUUUCAAUGGAGGAGAAGCCCGGCCAGCCACAGCCUCAGCACCAUCACAGCCACCACCAUCCGCACCAUCACCCCCAGCAGCAGCAGCAGCAGCAGUCGCACCACCACCACCAUUAUUAUUUCUACAACCACAGCCACAACCACCACCACCACCACCAUCACCAGCAGCCUCACCAAUACUUGCAGCAUGGAGCCGAGGGCAGCCCCAAGGCCCAGCCCAAGCCGCUGAAACAUGAGCAGAAACACACCCUCCAGCAGCACCAGGAAACGCCGAAGAAGAAAACAGGCUAUGGUGAAAUAAAUGGUAAUGCUGGAGAAAGAGAAAUAUCUUUAAAGAGCCUCAAUUCUGAUGAAGCUACCAACCCUAUUUCCAGGGUCCUCAAUGGCAACCAGCAAGUUGUAGACACAAGCCUGAAGCAGUCUGUAAAAACCAGCACCUUUGGAAAAGCAGGAAUCAAAACCAAGAAUUUUAUUCCGAAAAACAGUAUGGACAAAAAGAAUGGGAAGUCUUAUGAAAACAAAUCUGGAGAGACCCAGGCUGUAGAUAAGACUGAUACCAUAGCAAUUCCAAAUGGUGUUAUAACAAGUAGUUCAGGCUAUAUCACUAAUGGUUAUAUGAGCAAAGGAGCAGAUGAUGGUAGUGGAUCUGAGAGUGGAUAUACCACUCCUAAAAAAAGGAAAGCUAGGCGCAAUAGUGCCAAGGGUUGUGAAAACCUUAAUUUAGUGCAGGACAAAAUAAUGCAAGAGACUAGUGUCCCAGCAUUAAAACAGGGACUUGAAACUUUAAAGCCUGACUAUAGUGAACAAAAGGGAACGCGAGUAGAUGGUUCAAAGCCUAUUUGGAAAUAUGAAACUGGACCUGGAGGAACAAGUCGUGGAAAACCUGCUAUGGGUGACGUGCUUCGUAAAAGCUCUGAUAUUAAACCUGGUUUGAAUAGCAAAAAAUUUGAUGAUCGACCUAAAGGAAAGCAUGCCUCAGCUGCUGCCUCCAAAGAGGACUCAUGGACCUUGUUUAAGCCACCCCCAGUUUUUCCAGUGGACAAUAGCAGUGCAAAAAUAGUUCCUAAAAUAAGUUAUGCAAGCAAAGUUAAGGAAAACCUCAACAAAACUGUACAGAACUCCUCUGUGUCACCAUCUUCAUCUUCAUCAUCAUCAUCUACUGGGGAAACUCAGACCCAGUCUUCAAGUCGGUUAUCCCAGGUCCCCAUGUCAGCUCUGAAAUCUGUUACUUCUGCCAGUUUUUCUAAUGGGCCUGUUUUAGCAGGAACUGAUGGAAGUGUGUAUCCAUCUGGGGGUCAGCCACUGCUAACUACUGCUGCUAAUACUUUAACACCCAUCUCUACUGGGACUGAUUCUGUUCUUCAGGACAUGAGUCUGACUUCAGCAGCUGUUGAACAAAUUAAAUCUAGCCUUUUUAUCUACCCUUCAAAUAUGCAAACAGUGCUGUUAAGUGCACAAGUAGAUCUGCCCUCUCAGACAGAUCAGCAAAACCUGGGGGAUAUAUUCCAGAAUCAAUGGGGUUUAUCAUUUAUAAAUGAGCCCAGUGCUGGCCCAGAGACUGUUAUUGGAAAGUCAUCAGAUCAUAAAGUGAUGGAAGUGACAUUUCAAGGAGAAUAUCCUGCCACUUUGGUUUCACAGGGUGCUGAAAUAAUUCCCUCAGGAACUGAGCAUCCUGUGUUUCCCAAGGCUUAUGAGCUGGAAAAACGGACUAGUCCUCAAGUUCUGGGUCACAUUCUAAAACCUGGGACUACUGAGAGUGGAGCCUUAUCCUUGGACCCCAGUCAUAUAGGUGACCUGCAAAAAGCAGACACCAGUAGUCAAGGUGCUUUAGUGUUUCUCUCAAAGGACUACGAAAUAGAAAAUCAAAAUCCCCUGGCCUCUCCUACGAACACUUUGUUAGGCUCCGCCAAAGAACAGAGAUACCAGAGAGGCCUAGAAAGGAAUGAUAGCUGGGGUUCUUUUGACCUGAGGGCUGCUAUUGUAUAUCACACUAAAGAAAUGGAAUCUAUAUGGAAUUUGCAGAAGCAAGAUCCCAAAAGGAUAAUCACUUACAAUGAAGCCAUGGAUAGUCCAGAUCAAUGAAGGACCAGACUGCCUAUUUGUAACCUUUCUGCAGCAUUAGAGCCACCGUUCAUGUGGGACACAAGGCUUUUAUGCUCCUAGAUCUUCAACGCAGCAGAGGAACCAUAAGUAGAAUCACAGGAUAAUAUAUACAAAUAUAUAUAUAUAUAUACAUAUAUAUAUAUAGUUAUUUAAAAAAAGGCAACUGAAAGUAAUUAGACUUCUUAAGGAAUCAAAUUUAUUUCAAGAGACUACACAUGGUUAUUUAAUCUCCGGUACUGAAUAGUCUUUUUCUUUAUUAUUUUGUUAGUUUUUGUUUUUAAGUGUGAAUGCAAGUGAUUAAUGAAUACAGACUUAACAAGCGUGGUUCUAAAGUUCCUGCUGUCAUCUGCUUGGGCAACAAAUGACCCACUGGAAAGGCAAAUCCACUUACUUCUAGGUAUCUGUACCUUGUUCUGUGACUAAAGUGAUACACUAAUCACGGGGAACCCAGAAUGAUUCAACAUUUUCCCCUACUCCACCCUUGAUCUUUUAGUUUUGAGCCCUGCGAGAAUGCUGGAUAAAUGCCUUGAAGUUUGCAGGGAUGUUUUUUGUUGUUUGUUUUUUGUUUUUUUGUUUUAAUACAAUGAUUUGCAUGUCUUGCCAAGAGUUCUGCAGCCUAUGUGGGGUGUUGGGGAAAUAGUUCCUUUCCUUUUAUUUUUUGUUGGGUGGGGACAGGGGGAGGGCAUUGAAGUUCUACAAUCCUGGAAUAGUUUGUGGGUAUAUAGUUAACAUACUUUGGUUACAUGUUUUGACUUUGAACAUCUAAGAUUGUCAUUCAAAGAAAAGUUGCAGAACAAGUAAUUGGCUGAUAAUUACCCAUUGUAAUUGUGUAACUGGGAGCAAAAAUAUAUUCUGCUUUUCCGCUGUAGGUGCUCAGACUUGCUCUCUGUCACUAACACUAAGUGUAUACUCUUGUUUUUCAUCAACCAUUUAAGAGAAACUUAUGUACCUUUCUGUAAAUUCUUUUAAUUUCAGUUUCUCAGCAAAAGAAAAAAAAUUCAUGAAAACCGUCUGUUUUUUUAGCCAGUGAGGAGGUAAUAAAUCCUGAUUAUAGAAGGUGUGUUUUCAAGCAAAUUUUACUUCUAAGCUUACUUGUUUCUGAUUAUAUCUUAAUAUAUUUUAUCAUUAGAGCAAGAUUGGGUUUCUUUGGUUAUUUUUUUUUCUUUUUUUUAAAGAAAAAUAAUGUGAAAUUCUGAAUUUUGUUUUGGGCAGAAAGAGCAUUAGCCCUGUCUUAUCAUCGCAUUACCAUCCUGUUGUGCUGCAGCUUGUGUAUAGCAUGCUUUUGUGUGUGUGUGUGUGUGUGUGUGUGUGUGUGUGUGUGUGUGUGUGUAGAAACGAAGGGUCCAAUUUAAGACUGGGUGAUGUUAGUGGCAUAAAAACAAGUUCUCUGGCCUGAUGUAGCAACACAUCACACACAUAACACAUACAGAGAAAUUAAUGUAUCCAUGUAUGUCAAAUACAAGUUAAACCAGCAGGGCAUUUAUACAGUUGCAGUCUUCUAACAAAGGCGAACUGGAUCCCCUAGACACUUUGGGGGAGGAAGUAGUUACUUUUUAUUCUUGUUUUCUAAGAAAUGUCCAGUUUUGAGAGAUUGUAGUGUGGAUGGAUUUUCUGGUUUUGUUAACUAUUUCAGGUUUUUAACAAAUGUUCAUGAAAGAAGCUAUUUGAUUUACUGCAGAGAAAAAUACUUUUUAGUCUGGAUUUCUGCCCUGCUUAGAUUUUUUUUUUUUUUAAGUAUAAGCAUGGAUUGCCAAUUCCACUUGAUGUAAACAAAACUUUUUAUACAUAAUAUAUAUAAUAACUUAUUGUAUCAGUCCAGGUUCAGAAACUUGUGGUAGGCCAGUUUCAGAUAGUUUCAUUUCACCUGUAAACUGUAUCACUUUUACUGAUAUUGUAAUUUUCAAAUGUAUAAUAUGUUUACAGAUGUGCCCUGCAUUUAGUCGCUUUGUUCCUAUUUUGAUUUUUUUUUUGUUUUUGUUUUUGUUGUUUAUUUGUUUUUGUUGUUGAGUCUCCUGCCUGCUUGCCAAAAGCUAGGAUGCUUCAGGCCGGUGUACAUCAGUGAGGCAUCCUUGAGCUUUAAAGCAUUGAACAAACUGGAAAAUGCAACAUGCCACAUAUUGAACUGAGUCUGUGUUUUGUGUUCCUUUUUUUUUUUUUUUAAAUAAAAAUUUUCAGAAAAUUUAAAAAAAUAAUCUUGAUUAAAGAAAAACGAGGCUCCAGUUUGUUUAUAGGUUUUAAAGUUCUGCUGUGUGUUUAAUUGCCUUGUGUGACCACUUGUCGCCUUAGGGCCGAAUCCUUACCCCACUUUUUUUUAAAAUGUCCAUUUUGCUUGCCUGGAAUUUAAAAGUUCUUCUGUUGCACAAAUCACAAAAACAAAACAAAACAAAAUUAUACUUCCUUGGUUUGUGGAGUACAAGGUUGAAUGAACAUAGUCAAAAUGAAAAGAAAAUUCUAGUUUCCUGAAUUGGGAUUUUUAACUUAGAAGUUAAUACUUAGUACCUUUAAAGGCCUUCACUUUCAUCGUUCCCUUUCCAUAACUUCAGGCCUCUGUACAGAGAAGCUAAAAAGAGGUUAUUUCUCCUUCUCUGUCCAAGGGUUGAGAAUCUCACUUCUAAAUGAAACAAUGCAACAUUUCACUUUGAUUUGUCCACUGAAAUUUUCUCAAUAAUGUGGUUAGAGGUAUAUAUAUACAUAUAUAUAUAUAUAUAGUAGUUAGAAAUGUCUCUUAACUUUAUGGGAUCCCUAGUGGCCCAUCAUAUUAACUGUCAGUAUUUUUUGGACAUUGGGUUAAUGGACUUAAUUGCCUCAGUACGAGCAGGACUUUGGGACAGAUAUCUUUUGUGCUGUUGGAUACUUGUCUCAAUCUUUCUCCUUAGGUCCUCACACAGUUCCUUACAGAGCACUUAUUAAAAAGUCUUACGAGUUCA